AGUAUUUGCAGCGACCUGAGGCUCCUGCUUGGAGCCCAGCAGAGAGCAGGGCAUACUGCAGGGUGAGGGCAGGGCUGUCCUGGCGAGUGCUGCGUUGGCCAUGCCAAGAGCUCCGUCCCCUUCUGCCUCGUAGGCUUGUUCACUGAUAGCUUUGUUCAUAAUUUUGCUUUUGAACUUAGGUGCUAACUAAAUGCUGUUUUCACACUUAGAGAAGAGAAAAAUGAUUAGUGAUGUUCCAGUUGGCUUAAGAAAAAUAUAUAUUUUCUUAAGUUAUAGGUAGCAUGGAGAGAUAAAUUCCUUAGCAAAGAACAAUGAGGAAGGUGUGUCCUACCUCUUAAACAGCACCAAAUCUGGAGGAAAUAGAGGCUUGGGAAAAGAACUGAUGGCCUUGCAAGAUGUUGUGAAAACAUCAGUAGCAUUAUUAACAGAUUAAACAGAGUACUGGAGCACCCAGAAGGCUUUUCUGUCAAAUGAGAUUCCCAUCAGCAAAUCCUGAGUUCCGGGCGUGUGUUUGGCUGUGUCAUAGCCAAAGUUUGUACUGAUGCAGUUUCUUCAGUGUAAGCAACUGAGGACGACGCUUCUUGCUGUCAGAACAUGGAGAACAACGUAACUACUAUCUCUCGAGAAGAGCUUGAUGAACUAAGAGAAGCAUUCGAUAAGAUAGAUAUCGACAACAGUGGGUAUGUCAGUGAUUAUGAGCUUCAAGAUCUGUUUAAAGAAGCAAGUCUACCCUUGCCUGGUUACAAAGUACGGGAGAUAGUAGAAAAAAUCAUUGCAGUAACGGACAGCAACAAAGACGGGAAAAUCAACUUUGAAGAAUUUGUCUCUAUAAUUCAGGAAUUGAAAAGUAAAGAUGUUAGCAAAUCUUACCGAAAAUCAAUAAACAAGAAGCUGGGUAUUACAGCACUUGGAGGAACAUCAGCAAUAUCUACUGAGGGGACACAGCACUCUUACUCAGAGGAAGAAAAAGUUGCUUUUGUUAAUUGGAUAAAUAAAGCUCUACAAGAUGACCCAGACUGUAAACACCUCCUUCCCAUGAACCCAUCAGAUGCUAGUCUUUUUAAAUGCCUUGCAGAUGGCAUCCUCCUUUGCAAAAUGAUUAACUUCUCACAACCAGAUACAAUUGAUGAAAGGGCUAUUAAUAAGAAGAAACUCACUCCUUUCACUAUAUCUGAAAACCUAAACUUGGCUCUGAACUCAGCAUCUGCUAUUGGCUGUACGGUUGUCAAUAUUGGAUCACAAGAUUUACAAGAAGGAAAACCCCACUUGGUAUUGGGGCUCUUGUGGCAGAUCAUAAAAGCUGGUCUUUUUGCUGAUAUUGAGAUCUCCAGAAAUGAAGCUCUAAUCGCUUUGCUAAAUGAAGGGGAAGAACUAGAUCAGUUACUGAAGCUUUCACCAGAAGAGCUCUUGCUACGCUGGGUGAACUACCAUCUGACCAAUGCAGGGUGGCAGAAAAUCAGUAAUUUCAGCCAAGACAUCAAGGAUUCAAGAGCAUACUACCAUCUGUUAAAUCAGAUAGCACCCAAAGGAGAUGACCCUGAUGAAAUACCUGUUAAAAUUGACUUUUCAGGGUUUCAUGAGAAAAAUGACUUCAAGAGGGCUGAAUACAUGCUCCAACAGGCAGACAAAUUGGGCUGCAGGCAGUUUGUAACUCCAGCAGAUGUGGUUGCAGGCAACCCUAAACUCAAUUUGGCUUUUGUUGCAAAUCUCUUUAACACACAUCCAGCCCUACACAAGCCUGACAAUUCAUCUUAUGAUCUCAAUUUAUUAGAAGGAGAAAGUAACGAAGAAAGGACUUUCAGAAACUGGAUGAAUUCACUGGGUGUAAGCCCGUAUGUUAACCAUUUAUACAGUGAUCUCUCUGAUGCUUUAAUAAUCUUCCAAUUGUAUGAGAUGACUCGUGUGCCAGUUGACUGGAGCCACGUCAACAAACGUCCUUAUCCUCUGCUCGGUGGUAAUAUGAAAAAGAUUGAGAAUUGCAAUUAUGCUGUAGAACUUGGGAAGACAAAAGCAAAAUUCUCUCUGGUUGGUAUUGCUGGACAUGAUCUAAAUGAGGGCAAUCCUACUCUGACUUUGGCUUUGAUAUGGCAACUGAUGAGAAGGUAUACUUUGAAUGUAUUAUCAGACCUUGGAGAGGGGGAAAAAGUAAAUGAUGAAAUUAUUAUUAACUGGGUGAAUCAGACACUUUCAAAUGCAAAUAAGAAAACUUCAAUUACCAGUUUCAAGGACAAAUCAAUUAGCACUAGUUUACCUGUCCUUGAUUUAAUAGAUGCCAUUGCACCAAAAGCAAUUCGCCCAGAAAUGGUCAAGAGAGAAGAUCUUUCUUAUCAAGACAAAUUGAAUAAUGCCAAGUACGCCAUUUCAGUUGCUCGCAAAAUUGGUGCUCGUAUAUAUGCUCUCCCAGAUGAUCUGGUCGAAGUGAAGCCAAAAAUGGUGAUGACAGUGUUUGCAUGUUUGAUGGGAAGAGGACUGAACAAAAUAAAAUAAUGAAGAGAUUUAAUAUCACUUUCUGCCAUGUUAAGGACGAUGAGACGACGAAUGCCUCACAGCUUACAGAAUUCUGAAGCUGAACAGAAUAAAAUGAGAAAAUGUUUGCACAAAUAUUCUCAUUAAUUACAUCCUAAUGUGUUUAUAUUAAAAUUUCAUUCAAUUUCAUAACACAUUGAUUAUUUAUGGGUACUAUUGUUUUCAGAAAAUGUUCUGUACCAAAUUAACAUAACGAAUUUGUAUUGCUUGAAGAAAAAAAAAAAACAAAAAACAACCUUAUCAAUCAAGUUUCAUUUGCAUUAGCUUCCAUAACAUGUAACAAUCUGUAUCGCUUUACAUAUAUUAUUUCAGGACCUACUGUGAAAUAUUGAUUUUUUUUUUUUUUUUUUUUGUGGGUGUUAGUUACAUGUAGUCAUACCUAUAUUAAGGUGCAUUCCAAUCCCUGUUAUAUUACUAUAAUAGUACAGUAUAAUAUAUUACUGCACAAGUUAUCAUCCUUGCCUUACUCUUUAAGAACUUAACUCCUGUUGAAGUCAGAGAGUCUUGUCAUUGACUUCCGUGAGAGCAAGUGAAGGCCUAUGAUAAUGUCUGGAAGCUAAUGAGUAUUCAAAAAGCUGAUAAAACUUCUUUGUGAGCAUAACUUUAAAUGUGUAAUAGUUUUGUCAUUGAGCAAGAACUUAUCGUCCGUGUCUUGAGGGGAAAAAACAGCAAAUAACAGUGUAAUCAUGUCAUUAUUAGAUCUGCAUAGGUUAUCUUUUGCAAUUGAACUAAAAAAACUGAUUUUUUUUAUUUUUCAUAAAAUACUGUAAAAGAGAACAAUAAAGGUCUAGCUGUUCCA